CAGUCGAAAGCCCAGUUGAAGACCCAGCUGAAGACCCAUCAGAAAAGACCCAGUCAGAGAAGACCCAGUCAGAGAAGAUCUAGUCAGGCCCGUCUUACCAGUUGCUGAUGCACCCAAGUGUCACGCAAUUGCCGAUACCACCAAGCAGCGCUGUCGAAAAGAAGCCAGGGACAUGGACAGGGUAUUUUGUGAAUUGCACUGCAACAGUCGCCCCAACCAAUGCAAGGCCUUUGCGCCGACUACCGACGCUCGCUGCCGCAAUGAAGGGCACUAUGCUGGUCGUUUGUGUGAGGUCCACAGUGACGAGGUCCCCAAGUGUCAAGGUAUAGCUGAUACUACUGGAAUGCGAUGCCGAAGGGUUGCGGAGGAUCCGGGCAUGAGGUUCUGCGAGCUCCACCAACUGGACAGGACGCGUCAAUGCAGAGGGUUCGCAUCGACUAUGGGCAGACGAUGUAGGAAUGAGGGGCGGUAUGACGGUCUCUGUCAGUUGCAUAGUAACAGGUUCCGAAAGUGUCAAGCUAUAGCCAGGAGCACGAACAUGCAAUGUCGCAACCUGCCUGUCCAGGGAGACUAUUGCGAGUAUCACCAAGCAUGGGGAAGAGCAACAAGAUGGUUCUCUUGAAUGCGAAUAAAUGAAACUUUCCUCUUACGCUCUGUGGCUCGGUUAUUUAUUACUCAUGGCAAGCACAACACACAAUGAUGCCUUUAUAGGAACAAAGAUAACCGCGUUUCUUACACCCGUUCAAAAGUCCCAUCAUCGCCAGCCUUUAUUAAGAAAGACUCCGUUCACCAGUGAUCAUCCGAACUGUCUUCUCUCAUUAGCCUUUUCUUGGAGGGUAUCCUCUAGUCAGGCUUUCUUUUCUUUUAGUAGUGGGCUUC